CUUCCUCUUUGCAUGUGCUUCAAGUCUCAGCUUGGGAAGGCAGCGACUGACCGAGUGCACAAAUGGCGCCCAGAAGAAUGGAAACCAAACCGCUCAUCUUGUGCGUGAAGACGCUGCUGCUGUUUUACUCCUUCAUCUUCUGGGUGACAGGUGUGGUCCUGCUGUCAGUGGGCUUGUGGUGGAGGUUUACCUUGAGUCCUUACACCUUGUUGAUCUCCAACGCACCGUCCAACGCUCCUUUUGUCCUCACCGGCACUGGUGCUGCCAUCGUGCUCUUUGGCCUGUUCGGCUGCUUUGCCACCUGCAGGGGGCGCCCUUGGAUGCUGAAAGUGUACGCUGUCUUCCUGUCUCUGGUUUUCUUGAUUGAACUCAUCGCUGGAAUCUCAGGCUUCAUCUUUCGCCAUGAGAUCAAAGGCACAUUCCUCACAACAUACAGUGAAGCUGUGUUGAGAUAUGACGGACGAGGUGACCGAAGUGUGGCUGUAGACGAUGUCCAACGCAGAUUGCACUGCUGUGGUGUCCACAACUACACAAGCUGGUUUGCUAGCGACUACUUCCCAAGCGGUGGAAUUCCUGUCAGCUGCUGCGUUGCUUUCUCCGACUGCAAAGAGGCAGAAUUAAAGAAUGCCACACUGGCAGCUAACAAGGUCCACAAACAGGGUUGUUAUGAGAUAGUGACGUCCUUCAUUGAGAGCAACAUGGGAAUCAUCGCCGGGGUGACCUUCGGGAUCGCCUUCUCUCAGGUCUUGGAGCUUCAGCGAACAUGCCAAGUAUGCAGUGUGUCGAUGGAGAGCCUAACAAAAGUGUGUAUGUUCUUCAGCUCAUCGGCACGUCUUUGGCCUGCUGCCUGUCUCACUUCAUCCACACCAACCAGUAUGAGAUGGUCUGAGACGGCAAAGCUGCCAAACAUCCAUCAGGUCCUGAGAUGCUUUCUUUCUGAUGUAGCUGAUCUUUGACUCCUCUGUAAAGUUGACGCCACAUAUUUCAAGUUGUCAAGAAAAUGUAUUCUGGAUUUCCUUAGUCUAUACACAUUAGGUAAGCAUGAUGUACACACCCUAAUAUACACACAUACAGACCAGGAACUUUUCAACACAAUUCUGCCCAAUGUUUGCAGUAUUCAUAACCUUGAUAGUAAACAAUUCCUCAUUUCUAAAUGUAAAGUUCAUUUCUAAGAUGUCUUUGGUCAACAUUGACAAUGUCAGAAUGAUUAAGUUGAGGUUUAAAAACACACCCGAGCAUUCACUUUGUUUUCAACCACUUGUGAGGAGUCAAUUGCCACUGAAGCUCAUUAAAGUGAGCUGAAGAAGUGCUGUUGGUAUCAAUUGACCACCUGAUGGAAACACACUUGUUCUAGAGUUGCUCCUAAAUCUUGUCAAGAAGUGAUAUCAUUAUGGGAAUGGGUCUAAGUUGGAAGGUAGUGGAUACUCAUCUUGAGUGGGAAGAAUAUCUUCCACUUUUGAAGCUCACAGUCAGUUGUGUUCAAAGUCAUUCUGACAAAUGCAAGUCUUGGCGUAGUCAAAAUCAACAUUUCUACAACUUUGGAGAGAAACAUAUUUUGAGGUGUGAAUCCAGGGAUUUCUCCACAAGCGACUUCUCAUCUUGGAGACGUGAUGUUCCACAUGCUAUUGUGGUGAAGCUCUUCACCAAGGUGGACUUCGUAGUCAUGGUCCAACUAAACAACCGUUGCUCCGACAGCGACACGUCAAAGUUUGCGAGAGAGAAUCUGAAACAUAGGGAUGAGUUUUAGAAGUUGGUUCUUUGGUCUUAUGAAAUGAAAUCAGAGCUGUUGAUGCUGAUUUUGUCUGUGAGGUCUUCAAGCCUGUCAGUAUCACACCUACAAUAAAGGAGGAUAGUAGGAACAUGGACUGGGAUUUCCACGUGACGAGAUAGACGUGCAACAACUCUGUCAUGCUCCUUUAAUGUCUUUUUCAUUUCAUGACUCAUGGUUUUGAGGUAAGGUUGGUGCGGUGGUACCUCAACCUACCAGGUGCAUAUUGCCUUCCAGGACCAAGCUCCUAAUCCGGAAUACUUACUCAUUCAUAGAGAAGUCCAUUGAAUCCAAUUGUUUUCAAUCUGUGCUUUGCCCUUUCAAAACAGCACAACUGUAACAUGUAACAAGUCUUUUUAUAAAGUAAAAAGAAACUUUUGGAUCAUAAAUAUUAGUAGAGAACAAACAACUACAGUAGGGUUUAGGGUCAGAAGAUUCCAAGAGCCUGCAUGCAUCAAAGUCAUUCUUAGGAUUGUGUUGCUGUUUUGUUUCUACACUUUUUAUUUGCUCUAUUCCUUCUAGAACCCUUUGAUUUUCCUGGGAGACUCAAAUAUUUCAUUUCCCUUUCCCAGGCUUCUCAAAUGUUUGUCUUCAUUGUUAAAAGUGUUCAUCAAAGCUGCAACGACUUCCACACAUGAUAAAUGUGACAUUGUUGAGAACAUUUGUAUUUUCUAAGUUGUGAAAAGUGCUCCUGCUCUGUUGUUGGUUAGACUGAGACCUUCUCCAUCAUCCUCCUCCUCCUCAUCCUCUGCUGCUGCUGCAAGUUGCAGACUCUGCACUUGCUUAUCCUCCAAGUAGCAUUAGUCAGUUACUGUAUCUUUAGCAGCAGCUUACUUGCUGUACCUGUGGAGCUCCAUGGCUCAGACGCUGCUCACCUGCAUGGCUUCUUAGUCCUCAUGUGCACUAAUCCCUUCUUUUUUGAAGCACGCUUCCCAUAUUGAGCCUAACAUUUGUCCCGUACAACUGUGAGAAUAAAAAGUGGUUUGUACUGCCAAUGAAAUAAAUGAUGAUACACUUCAUAAGACUUUUUCCUAAUCCCACACCAAUAAUGACAUUUCAUGGAGGAAUUCCUUCAACAUUGUGUUCAUUCCUGGUGUUUUGUUAAUACAAGUGUCUACCUUUAGUGGCACAGUGUCCCGGCACAUUCACAAAGAAACUGAGAGAAGGUUGUUUCUUUUCUUUUCUUAUUUUGGCACAAAUAAUAACUAUUAAACAUGUUUCCCAUAUGUUGUAUUACACCAAAAUGUGUGUAAAGAGGCAAAGAUGGCUGCAAUAAAACUGUCAUGAAGACGGCACAAUGAGUACAUGGAUCACACCUGAUGGGCAAAUGAAGGCC